AUGGCUGCAGAAGACCAACGGCCCAUCAAUGUUGCGGAUUACAAUUUUGAAGAGGUAUGGUUAAUUAAGGCUUGCGGUCUAUAGUGGGAAAUGAAUAGAUUUUGGAAGGAAAUUACCAAAAUCUUGCAGUUUGCAAGAUUUUGUAUAAUGACGGUAGGACAAAAAGUGCUAUUGUUUUUGGUCUUGUAUAUUUUUAGGUAUCUAAAUUGCAAACUUUUUUAAUACGAAAUUUAAACUAUUCGUAGCAUCUAAUAAAGCUAUUUUUAUUCCAGGGAAAACUCGUAGCCUCGGUUCGUUGGCUGAUUACCAAGAUCUAUGAAGACAAUGAUAUUCCCGACAAACUUCAGCGGCUUUUCCUACGAGAUGAUGAGGUUUGUUUUUAUUCUCGCUUUGUUUUGUUUUUAGAAAAAGAUUAGCUUUGUAUUUUUCAAUUUUAAGCGGCUACUCCACUUGUCCCCGAAUCUGGUGGGUGCUUUGGUAAACGGGUCAUUGUACAGUCAAGCAGCCUCCAAGAUUCUUCAAGAUCCUUCGUUACUGACUGUAAGAUUGCUUCAGACAUAUUAGAAACCUUUAUCGUAUUUUAGAAGUCAGUUGGAGCCGUUUUGAAAGCUUUAGCAUCGGCUGAUAUUGAGGUCCGGGAUGCGGAAGGUGGAAUGAUUGUGGAGGAACAAUUGGUUACGGAAAAUCCUUUCAAAUUGGUGAGUAAAACGCAAGAUUUUUUAUGUGUUACAUGUUUAGACUAUUCAUCUUACACUUAUGGAUGCAUUGAUGACAGCUCACAUGAAAUCGAUUAUAUCCAUUGAAAGGGUUGUCCAGGCUGUCUCGUAAGUGUCUUAAAUUGAACGUCAUUCUCAAAAAACUGGGAAUUGUUAUAUUUUUUCGAAAAAACAGAAUGGAAAACAAAAAUCUCUCGUUGUUAUGAUAAUUAUUAGCGGAGUCUAACAUAUAAAGUUAUUUCAGGACCUAUACGUCAGUCGACAAGCGCGAAGAGCCCCUGGAUUGUGUAGACGCCCUCCUUUUUUGGAUAAAUAAGAUCUGCCUCUUGGUCCGAGACGAUGUGGAAAGACAAGGGAUUGCUCUGAGAGGAUCAGAAGAAGGCGCAGAACCCACGAUUCCCGAGAUGGAGGAUCUUUAUGAAGAUCUGUGUGAUGGAACUUGUGUCUGUUCCCUCGCUGCUUUCUAUAGACCACAUGAAGUUAAUUUGAAAGGUAAGAUAACGGGGAAGAUGGGAAUUUUUGGGGAUAAAAGAGAGAAAUAAGGUUUCAUAUGGUGUAAUUGACAAAUUAUAUCGUUUUUUGUCCAAAAAUUUUAUAACAGAUUACCGGUAGUUCUUGAUUACUAGUAAAAAAUUCCUGGCAGUUUGGUUCGCUCCAAAAAUGGAACUUAAGCCCUUCCACCACGACAAGGCUGCCAGAUCAGAAGGGAUUUUUUUUUGUUUUUUUUUUUAUUUUUAUUACUUUUUUUUGAUUUUUUUUUUGUUUUUUGGGAAAAUUAGUUAUAAUAGUGGGGUAAAAAUUACUUGCCAAAAAAAAGUAAGAUUGGAUGCAAAAUGUAAUUGUCAAAAAGUAUCAUGAAAAAUGUUUUGAUAAAAUGAAAACCGAAAAAUAAGAAUAUUAACCGAAAAAGGAUGAUAAAAGGUAUAAAAAAUUAAUUAAAAAUAAUAACAACCGUUUAAAAUUCUUACCGUAUGAAAUCUGGGCACCUGAAGAUAGAUUGUGAGGCCAUUUCUCACAACUUCCUGCACCUCGAUCCUCUGAAUCACCUUGAUCUCGUCUUGGAUCUCCCCAAACGGCCGAUCACAGAGAGUCGAGUCAGGGAUUGGAGUAGGAGUUGGCCUGGGGACACAAGGGCUCUCCUCAUCCUCACUGGCCCAGAUUGGAUCUGAAAAAAGGGAUUGGAACUUACCUUGAUUGGAAGAUGACGAAAAAGAGUCAUCGGAUGGGGGCAGAGGGGAUUUGGGGAGGCUGUCCUCAAAGAGGAAGUCGACCACGGAUUGGACAGUGAAGGAAGCACUAGACAUUGUUGAAACAAUUCGAAACAAUGAGAAAAAUUUGUAAAAAUCAGUUAUGUAGGGCUCACAGACAAAUUUAGAACAGAAUUUCAGAAAUUUCUGCUCUUAAAAUUACCCUGGGUUGUUUUCGCAGAUUUUUUUUUGAAUUUUGCGCAAUUUUAGAGCAGAAAAAAAUCGAACUUACGGAUUGCAUAGUUGCGCGGAUUUGAAUUGAAAUUUGAAAUUUAUAGUUGAAAUACAAUGAUUAUACAAUUAUUACAAGAUGCAGUAUUUACAAAGCACUUUGAUAAUGAAAUUGAAUCGUAUUUUAGGAUUUUUUAGCACUUUUUAUAGGGCUUACUUACUUUGUUAAGAUUUCAGUGAGAAUUGUAAUUUUUAGUCUUGUUUUUGAUGGUAAAAUACGGAAAUAUCGAUUGAUUCGUCAAUCCAGGUCGUAUUUUAGAGUAAUGACGACAUAUUGGGCAAACUGUUUUAUAUUCAUUAAUUGGAGAGCUGUUUUUAGCUCAUAAAUGCUCCCAUAUUUCUCCCCCUUUUUGGUAACCGAUCCAGUGGAGACUUCACACGAGUUCAUCCUCAAAUAAUAUUAGUCUUCCCUCUUUUCUUCCACUCUCAGCCUCCCACUUAAGUGCGGUUUGGGUCAGUAAUGAAAAACCCGGAGGAAAUAUGACCAUUAAACAUUUUGCACGUUCGUUUUAGGGUCCUGGGGCAAAAUUAAGAUAAAGAAAUGGGGUUUUGAGUGGAUUGAGAAGGGAACUGAUCAUGGAUCAGGUAGUCGGAGAGUGGAGAAGGCUUAAAGCGAGAGAAUGUUCAGUUUAGAGAGGAAGGGAUACUGUUUUAUAAAAAGAUUUCUAAUUUUUUGGGGAAGUUUUGUAUUAUUGUAAAAUCUUUGCAGAUAUCUACUUCAAUGAUCCGAUAUCCAUCAACGACUGUCGUUAUAACCUUGGUAUUUUGAAGUAAGUUGAAAAAAUAAUAAGAAUGGUCGGAAAAUUGGGAAAGGGGGGUUUUUUAUUAAUUAUUUUUGAAAAUUUAAAUAUAAAAUUUUCUGAAGCAAUAUCACCUUUUUGAACUUCAGGGAGUUUUGCUCAACCUGCCUGCCUUACAACCCGUUCCACUUUGAGAUCGAGGACAUUUUAUACCUCCACGAAAGCCUUCAGCCCAAUGUAAACGCCUUCUUGACCGACCUUUUCGCCUUCUUCGAAUCCGACCCCCAACCCAUCAGCCCGGUGCUCACGUCUCCAGUCCAACGACGCUUCGUCCCCAUCCAAGGGAUCCCGGAAUUGAGGGCUCACAACUUGGCAACCCGGCCAAUUCAUCCACCCAAAGCCAAUCGAAACUCAUAUGGAAGUAGCCAGAGGGAUAGAAGUGAGUGAUUUUAAUUAUUUUUUUUUUUGGUUUUAGGAUGAUUGAGGGUACUUCUAAUAUUGAAAUUAUGAGAAUGGUGGCUUGGCAAAAUUUAUUUUUAUUUUUUUCGGCUCUUUUUAUGAAAAACGCCUCAAGAGUCCAUUUUUUGUUUGUAAAAUGAUUAUAAAUUGUGUACCACGUUAUAAAGGAAGCUAUGAAAAAGUGCAACAUGACCAGUAGUAUCCUUGAUUUACACAAGGAUAUUACUUUUCCAUGUUUUCCGGGUUUUUGAACAAGAGGAAUUGAUGACUUUUAUGGAAUUCACGAAAAUUUGGGUGCUGAUCUCAAGUUUAAGGUUGUAAACAUAUUUUGCUAGGUGCCUAAGUUAGUUUAGAGGAGACUUUUAUGGUUUCUGAUGUCAAGUUUGGGUGAUUUUUAAUAUUUAUCGAUGUUUUUUUUGCAGCCAUGUCUGUCGCUUCGGCCGACUCCUUAAUGACCACAAGAUCUGGCGAUUCCUUCCGAUUGAACCAACAAAAACCGAAUCAUUUACCGCCGGGAAUCCCCACGACUAAUUUUGGAAAUUUGAAUGUAAGGUUUAAGUAGUGUUUGGAGAUUUCUGAUAUUAUUUUAGGCCGAUGCACCUCAACUUGAAGAGCCGACCAACACCCCGCCUAAUUUCAAAGCCAUGGCCGAAAUGCGCCUGGCCUUUGAGGAAAAACGAAGGGAGCACGAGAAGAAAUUGGCCAUGAACAGGUAAGAAAGAUCUUGAAGGGCUUUUUUGAUCUUAUUUUAGACAUGAAUAAGGUGAUUUUUGAUGAAAAGUAAAAAUUUUUGUUGACGUUUUGACUUUAGUGCCAUGAAAGAAGAAGAGCGCAUCAAAAUGGGUAAGAACGCGUUCUUCAAACUGAUGUCCAAGUCCGGCCAUGAACAAACUCCAAUUAAUGAAGAUCCGCCAAGAUACGAAGGGGCCUCAACAGCUCGAGAAAUGGAACUCACUGCCCAGCUAGAGGACAUCAGAGAGGAGUUAAAGAACCUCAAAGUCAUGCAACAGCAGUCCAUGUCCAAUUUGACGAACGUUGGGAUGUCCCACGCCACUUCCCAGCCAUCAUUGUAUAAUGAUGCCUAUCAGCAACAAUUAUAUGGAACCCUACCUCACAAAUCACCUCAUCAUCCAAUGCCCCAAGCCGUGGGACAACCAGGCAUGCCAGGCCCCAUGGGACAACCAGUUGGACCGAAUGGAAUGCCUCAAAUGGGAUUAAAUCAAAGUUUCGGUCAGCCGAGCAUGGGUAAUAUAAAUCAAAACCUCCCACCCUAUUAUCAAAGCCCCGAGGCUAACAGAAAUUCGAGUUUUGGAAUGCAGCAACAAUUUGCCCCUUCUCCAUACGGCGGCUACCACAUGGACCCGAGCCAGCAUUAUGCUAUGCCCAAUAAUAUCGCGCCCCAUAUGAAUAACAUGCCAAAUUCCCCGUAUUAUCAGCCACCGCCGCAGUAUCCUCAACCCGGCUUUCAACUCCAUCAAUCUAACAGCCAAGGAGCUCUUCAUAUGGCCAGUCAGUAUCAGUCACCCUACCAACAACAGCAGGCAUAUUAUAAUCAAAGUCCGCACCCAUCUAUGAGUUACUCGAUGUACGAACAAAAUGGAGCCAUUAUUUCGCCGCAGGAAGAGCAUUACGCAUCUCCGCAGAUUCCAAAUCCCAACACGUUCCGACUGCAUCAACCAUUCGCAUCGUCGAGCAGAUUGGACCCUCCAUUGGAGCUAAAUCGAAACCUGACCAAUUGGGGAAUGACCUAUCGGGAAGAGAGAACUCCGAGAAGACAGUGGGCUAAUGUUAGUCAGGAAGAGGAGCGGAAGAAUGAAAAUGGAAAUCAGGGAGAUAAUGGUGAGGGAUUUUUUUGAUUUUUGGGUAGAUUUGGGGUAUGAAGGGGAUGUCGGAUGUUGUAAUUGGGAUCAAGAGUAAGAAAUUGAUGUUUUAGUGGAUUUUUGAAGGUUAUUUUGUAUUUGUCGAAUAAGAAAAUUACAUAUUAAAAAUAAAUCUCUAUAAAUUUUACCUAAAAGGAUGUCUGGAAUUGUAUUUUCAGCCGAAUCGAUUCCUCAGCCCCCGGCCCCAGCGGAAAAGAACCCAACCCCACCCCGGGAUCCCCACCGAAGUUCGGAAGAGAUCAGCCAGCAACGCGACCCAUCGCCGGAGAAACCAGUCAUUCCUCAUAACAAUAAUAACAAGUCUGAUGUGACCCCAAGAACUGAGGUGAAAAGGGCCAACAGUGGAUUGGUGAUUGCGGACGUGGGAGCCAAUGGAGGAUCAGAAUGGGUAAGAUCCUUUGUCAGACUUUUGGAUUUGAAUUUUAUCAAGGUUAAGGCGCAAAAAGCGUUUUUUCUCUGUCUGUCUCUCUUCAAUCGGCAUAGUCUCUAAUCAUUUCCCAAUUUCAGACCGCCGAAAUGGAAGCCCGUCGCCAGGCCUUAUUGAUGAAUCAAAUGCGACGGAAAGAGCAGAGCAAAGUGGCCACGGAAGACAAGAAAAGUGAGAUUGAUGUGAAGAUUCGAGAAGAACAACGACGAAAAGACCUGGCCGAGCAAAGAAAGUUGGAUCGGGAGAUAAAAAGACAGCAAGUUUUGGAAGAAUAUAAGAGGAAGAAAGCAGAACAAGAGAUUCAAGAAUUGAGUGGAAGUGUCUCGGCAAGAAGUUCUACCGGCUCCGUGGGCACAAUCAGUCGAGGACAUUCGCAACCGCCUUUUGGGAGACCAAAAAGUCAAAGCAAUGUAAGUAAAAUUAUAUAGUAGUUGAGAAAAGUGGAUGGAUAUCGGGGAAAAUUGAGUGAUUUCGAGGGCUUAGGAUGUAAUUCGGCAGCUUGGAAACAUUUUGAACUUGAUCUUUGGAUCAAAUCUAUAUCAAUUUAUAUUACACUAGGCAAAAUUUUUUUAUAUUUUUUGUAUUUUUUUAUCGAAAAACUAUAUCAUUGGGCAUUUUUUUAAAAAUUUUAUGUUUGAACGCUCGAUUAGAGAACGUUUUCAUGUAAUAUUCUCCAUGUGCCACUUAUUUUUCCGUAAUUGUUUACCCAAUAUUCGAUUGGAAAGCAUUCCGGAAAACACAUUUAUGCCCCCAAAAAAUAUGAAAUUCGAAGAAUUUAGAACGAAAAAACGAAUUUGCGAUUGGAAGUUGGGUGCUUUAUCAUAAAACUUUGGCCAGUUUUUGGGCGGUUUUGCCAUGGAUAAUAUAAAAAUUGAAAAAAAGGUUGGAAUUAUUGGGUGGGAUGGAAUGGAUUUAGAUAGUAUUUAGAACGUAUACCUCGUUAAGAAAGUUACUUUUGAGUUUUGAAAAAAUUUGGAUACCUUUUGAUACUUUUCUAACACUUUUGAGUAUUUUUGGCUGAUGUCUUUUUGCGAGCCUUUCUGAAGUAAAAAUAGGUUUUCAGAUUGCUUUUUGGUAUUUUGUCUUUAUUGCCAAUGGCCAAUUAGCGUGAUAUUGAGAUUACGAACCCCAAAAAAAGACCUUACACCUCACGAAAAGACCCCAAAACGGGGCUCUUUGGGGAUUUUUCGGCGAUUAACAUUUUAUUCUUUCUUUUUUGUGCCAGGGAGUUCCGAAUGGGACUCUCCGUGUGAUUUCCGGCUUUAGUACGAAAAAAGCACGAAGAAAAGAAGCAAAAUUGCCAUGCGAGUGUUGAUAAAGCACCCAGCAACCUGCCGGCCAGCCUUAUUUUGUAGCCCGGAGGCACUUGGAUACUAGAUUCCGAGCUUUGAGACUGUUCUCGAAGCUUUUUGAUUGCAGAAUUGGAUAUUAUUUCGAUUUUUUCUACUAUAAUAUUGAAAUUUUUGGAACUUGGCCGUAUUUUAGCUGCUAUUAUUGGCAGCUAAAUAUUCGGAGGACUCCUUGGACCGCAUUACUGCCUAAUAUAGUUGUUUGAAGAGAAUUGCAUUGAUUUUCUUCCUAAACUUAAAAUUUCAACCCAAUUUUGUGUUAAAAAAGUGGUGAUUACACGCAAACUAGGACCCAUGAUGAUCAUCAACAACUGGACCAACUUUCAGAUGAGCACCCUUCAAAUGCGCACAAUGCAACGACAAGGUCGCGCCCAGAGCAGUGUAACUGAUGAGAAUUCGCUUCCCAAAAUUACGGUGCCCGCUCUUGCAGAUCCAAGUAAGUUUUUUGGGUGUUUAAGAAAAUGGGUAAAAAUUUUGGAGAUCAAGUACGGAAGGAGAAGACUUUUUGGCAAUAUUUAGAGCAUUUUUAGUUUUUCAAUCGAUUUUUUGGGGUUUCCGGUUUUUUUGAAGGUCAUAAAGUUUCCAGUAGAUAAAUUGGGGUAAAAGACGUUCUAUGAAUACUGAGUUAAGAUAUCGUACAGAUUAAAGACGGCAAAUUGUUAAUUAUAUUGCUUUAGAAGGCUAAUAUAAUUGUUUGUAAUGUUUUUUUGAAUAUUAAUGUAAAAUCUUUUUGCAGCUCUCAAAUUGUACGCAAAGGCACAGCCCAAGUCCAACCGGUCUUUAAUCAUGAACGCUCUCCAAUACUCUGUUUUCCCUGGCGCAGUUUCCAAUGAUCAAAGGAACAAAGUGAGUUUUGGGGGUCAAAUAAGACUUAUAGUUUUUACAUUUUGAGAAAAUUUUGGGGGGGGGGGGUUGCAUACUCUAAUCCAGCUGAUCAAGUACAGACAUGGCAAUCGGGCCGGGCUUUUUGCCCCCCGGGUCCCAAGCCCGGCCCGAUGAAAUGUAAUUCCUUUUCCGUCGAAAACAAAAUCUUGUUUACGCUGAAAAACAAAAUGCCAGGCAAAAAAUUGGCAUCUAAAAUUUUGUCGGGACCAAAAAGUCGGAACCGGGCCUCGGGCUUUUUUUUCGGACCUUGGGCCCGAAGCCGUGGCCCGAAAAAAAACCGUCGAGCCCGGCCGGAUGAAAUGUAGGCCCGGCCCGUUUUCGAAAUUUCCAAAGCCCGGCCCGGUUGCCAUGUCUGAUCAAGUAUGACAUAAAUUUUCUCAUCUUCUCUUCUCAGGUCCAAGCUGCCUUAGCUCAAAGCGACUCAAAACACUUCUUGGUCCUUUUUCGCGAUCAUAAAUGCCAAUAUCGCGGACUCUACACCUGGAAUCAACAGGACGAUACUGUACAUCGGAUUGAAGGAAUGGGUCCAAAGAUAUGCAAAGAAGAGAUGAUGCACAUGAUGUUCAAGUAUGAUUCAGGCGCAAAGCACUUCAAUCACAUCCCGACAAAGUCUCUUUCUGCUACCAUUGAUGGCUUCACAAUUCAAGAUCAGUAUUGGCAAAAGGCGAAAAUCCCGCAUAGCAGAGCUGUCUAA